UACCGGCCGGCCAUGGGGCCACUUUGUGCAAUGCCUCCACUGCUGCUCCUGCUGCUCCUGGAGCUGCUGCAUGAGGCUGGGCAGGGCCCCCCUGAGCCCCCCGCCCGCCAGGACCGGGCUCAGCCAUGGGGGUCUCUGUCCCCUGUGGGUGGGAAGGUUUGGUCCUGGAUCACAAUCCCACAGCAGCUGGGGGCCAGCACAAAAGGAGUGGCGGGGCUGAAGCAGGAGGCAGUGUCCUACACCCUGAGGAUCGAGGGGCGGCCGUACACCAUCCACCUGCAGCAGCAUGCCUUUUUAUCGGAUGAUUUUCAGACUUACGUGUCCAGUGAGCAGGGAUCUUUGCACUCUGGUUCUGCCCACAUUGAGGGAGGCUGCCACUACUGGGGCUACAUCGAUGGCUUCCCCAGCUCGGCAGUGACCCUCAACACCUGCUCGGGGCUCAGGGGUUUGCUGCAGUUUGAGAACGUGAGCUACGGGAUCCAGCCCCUGGGCUACUCCCCUGCCUCCCAGCACGUGCUGUACCGAGCGAGCGAGGAGCAGAUGGCAGAGCCCCCCCCGGCCCACAGCCCCCCCGAGGCAGGGCUGGGCGGGCUGGUGGCCUGGGAGAUGCUGGACAAGGCCCCCGGGGCUGACGAGCCCCUCUCGGCCGCUGCACAAUCUCCCAAAUACCUCACAGUGUACGUGGUUAUGGACAAGGCUUUGUACAGCUAUAUGGGAUCAGACCCGAAUGCUGCGACACAGAACAUAAUCCAGGCCUUCAAUUUAAUCAACAAUAUGUUUAAUCCCCUUAAUGUCACCCUUGUGCUGUCCUCCCUGGAGCUGUGGGCAGAGGGAGAUAAAAUAUCGACAGCAGGGGACACAGAUGACCUUCUACAGCGAUUUUUACAGUGGAAACAGUUGUCUCUGGAGCCACAGGCACACAACAUUGCUUCUCUCUUAGGGUACAGGGACCGAGGAGCACUCGUGGGCGCAGCGGCUCCAGGAGAGGCAUGUCAGAGAGAUGCUGCUGCCACGGUGGCCCUGUACAGCGGGAACGUGACGCUGGAGUCCUUCUCCGUCCUCCUGGUGCAGGUGCUGGGCCGCAGCCUGGGCAUGAGCUCCGACAGCCGCCGAGGCUGCAGCUGCCCCGGGCGGGUCUGCACCAUGAGCCCCGAGGCGCUACAUUUCAGUGGGGCGAAAGCCUUCAGUAACUGCAGCAUCAGGGACUUCGAGACCUUCCUGAAGCAGGGCAGAGGCGGGUGCCUCUUCGGCAGCCCCCGGCUGAGCCGCCUGUCCCGCCGGAGCGGCGCCGUCUGCGGCAACCGCGUGGUGGAGCCGGGCGAGCAGUGCGACUGCGGCACAGCCCAGGAAUGCCUGAAGGACAAGUGUUGCACUAAAACGUGUAGACUGAAGCCAAAAGCAAGGUGUGCCUCUGGAUUAUGUUGUAGAAAUUGCCAGUUCAAGUGGAGGAACUCGCCGUGCCGCCCGGCCGCCGAUGCCCAGUGUGACCUGCCCGAGUUCUGCAGCGGCUCCUCGGCCUCCUGCCCGCCCGACGUGUACGUGCAGGACGGGCACGAGUGCGGGCGUGGCACUGGCUACUGCUACCAGGGACGCUGCCAGUCCUCGGACCUGCACUGCAAGCGGCUCUACGGGAGAGAUUCAAAGAACGCUCCCAAGGUGUGUUACGAGGAGAUCAACGGCCAGCAGGACAGGUUCGGGCACUGCGGGUUCCAGACCGGCCACAAGUACCGGCGCUGUGCUUGGAGGGAUCUCAGGUGUGGGAAGUUAAUCUGCACGUACCCAUCCUACAAGCCCUUCUCAUCACCUGCCGCUGCCGUGAUGUACGCCCGAGUGCGGCAGCAUUUGUGUGUGUCUCUGAACUACCUGAAUGUAUCCAUAUGGCUGGAUCCGCUUCUGGUUCCUCCAGGGACAAAGUGUGGCUCUGGCAGGGUGUGUAUAAACAACACGUGCCACCCGCUCUCGGUGCUGGGACAGAACUGUGACAGCAAAGCAAACUGCCACGGCCAUGGCGUGUGCAACAACAAGGGCAACUGCCACUGCCACCCGGGCUGGCAGCCCCCGGACUGCCGGAGGAGGGGGUCACACUGGGGGGGCAGCAAGGACAGCGGCCUGCAGCUGACAGAGGGAGGCCUGCGGCGAGCACUGGAGGAUGACGAGAUGGCCUGGCUGGUGCUGGGCUCCAGCUUCGUUCUGCUCAUCCUCACGGCGGCCCUGGGGCUGGGCCUGUGGCGGCAGCAGGUGCUGGGCCAGCGCCGCGGGGAGCAGCCGCCGGGCACCCAGGGCACCAGCCGGGACACGGACAGGGAGCUGGAGCCAGACCUGGAGCUGAAUCUGGAGCCAGACCCAGAGCUGAUGGCAGAGCUGCAGACAGACCUAGAGCUAGAGCCAGAGCUGGAGAUGAGGACAGACACGGACCCAACACCAGAGCCAGCGCUGGGGCAGCACCACGGGCACUAAUUAAAGGUGUUGGGCAAAGCUGGUGUCA